CUUGUUCUUCUCGUAGUGUUGUGAAGUAGACCAGGCGAGCGCAUCGUCAUGAAUUUCUAUUUUUUCUGUGGGGAGGAGCCUUUCUGAUAAUUACACAUUAACGAGUUGCUUUAAUAUUCGCCCAGCAGCCCGUCGGACGGCAGAAAACAGCCUUGGCUUCUUCUAGUACCGCAAAGAUGACCCUGACCGCCACCAGUCCCUUAUUCUCUGCCUCGGGUCGCGGAAGCCCUCUGUCCGCGACCGGUCGGCUCCCCGGGAGCGGCAGCAGCCUUUCCUCCUCCACAGGUGGGGCAGCCGGUUCGCUUAGCCCGAAAAAGCCGCCAGGGUAUAGUAGUGGAACUUCCUCACCCAUGCAAGAAAAAAACUGUGUAAGUGUAAAUUUGUGUUGUAGAACAUGCAACAGAGUUACACCUGUCAUGCCAGACAGCCACGAAGUCCUAUUUUCGUGUGUGUUUUGCCUUACAAGCGACGCAUGACAGGUUUUCUCUGUCAUGUAGAGCAAAUUUGUGAUGCUGUUCCCCAAAGAAAGUUACACUUACACACUUUUUUUCCUGGAUAUCACCAAUCACAGCUCUCGGGAGCCCGCUGGUAAAGAGGCCACCGGGAUCAUAUGGGAGCAGUACUAGCAGUAGUGUUUUCAACAAACAAGUGGAACCCAUGUCGAUAGUUUCGUCCAUCUCAACGAGAAGCGCGAUCGCAGAGGUUCCCGACGAAGACAUGCCAGGAAGAAAUAGUACUGUCGGCACGCCAUCUUUCGGUGGCGCUGGUGGAGUAAUAACGUCAUCACUUUCAUCAACCGCCGGCGCAACUACAUCGGCACUACAAAACCCCUCCAAAUACACCCGCCAGCUGGUGGGAUUUCGAAACCUCGGCAACACCUGUUUUCUGAACUCGAUUCUGCAGUGCCUCCUCUCGGUGCCCCCCCUCGCAAAUUACUUCCAGCACAAGUUCAACCCAAGAACCGACGUAAACAGCAACUCUACCCGGCCAAACGCGACAAACGGACAGUUAGUGCACCAAUUUAAGCUUUUUAUGGACGAGUGCAUUUCGGCGAAAGCAAUGUCCACGGUGAACCCGGCGAGUCUGCGGCAAGUCAUGGUCAAAUUCGCGCCGCAGUUUGCGAACUAUAACCAGCAGGACGCGCACGAGGCACUGCGGUUUUUGCUGGACGGUCUACACGAGGAUUUAAACCGUGUUGUGGGGAAGCCGCUGUAUAAGGAACUGAAAGACAUCCCGGGCGAAUCGCUUGACGACUGCGCCAACCGGUGGUGGCAAUACCAGCAGCAAAAUUUCGGGAAUUCAGUCAUCACAGAUAUCUUCGCGGGACAAUUUUUUAGCGAAACGCACUGCCACCUCUGCGACCACAGGAGCCGGGCCUUUGACACGUUUAUCCUGAGUAAAAACGUACCCACACCAGAGUCAGGAUCGGGAUUUUGCAACACAAACCUAGGAGUUUUGUGAGUCACGCAUGACAAGUUGCGCUCUGCAGUGUAGUGCAGGUUAGCAAGUGCAGCCGCAUCACAGAUUCAUCUGCUCAUCCUGUUCACAGCAUCACAAAUUCCAAAACACGACUGGAAAUGGCUCUCAUGGGGAUACGCAUUACAAGUCUUCCUGUCUUUGCAAAUCUGCAUUACAACUCUGGCGUGGGGACGUUUUUACUCAGGAUAACGUUUUUGGACUUGUCACUGCCGUUUCCGAAUAGAUUGAGUGCCGUGGCGAGAGACGUACGACUUUUUGUUUUUUUUUUCAUUUCUGCCUCAGUAAGCAAAAGGAAAAGCAAGACCAUGACCAACAGCAAGGUGCGUCGCAUCUUCACUUCUAUCACUGUACAGAGCAAUUAUACCAAUGCCUGCUGCAACAUACUGCAUUUAUCAUUUCGUUUAUGUAUAGUCGCACCUGAGUGAACAAAGUGGUCGUCGUGGUGACGCGCAACGCCGUCGAUGGCGGAGAGUCAAGAAUUAGACAGUAGUUACCGAAUGAUCGACAAGAGCCCAUCAAAACAACAAAAACUUUUUAUCUCAGGCAACCCUGACCGACUGUCUCCGGGAAUUCACGCAAGAGGAAGUUCUGGAAGCGAAGGACUACAAGUGCGAGAAGUGCAAAAAAUCCAACAAGAUCACAAAACGCGUUGGUAUCUACCGGCCGCCCAAGGUUCUCGUGCUCCACUUGAAGCGGUUUUCCUGGCUAAACCGAAGAAAGAUCGACCACAUGGUGCACUAUGCACUGCAAAAGCAUCGUACUCGCAGUAAUUGCUUUUAUGCAUGACAAAUUUCUUUCUCAAGUCGAAUCCGCAUCAGAAAUUUCAUGUCUCAUGUUGAGAAAAUUUGUCAUGCGAUUUAUACUAGUACGAUGCUUUUGCAGUGCAUAUGCAUUUCCCGAUAACAAAUCUGGACAUAGGAGAAUUUGUCGAGCUAUGAACUGCAAAAGUAUCGUACUAGUAGUAAUUGUAAUACAAAUGAGCUUAGCAUGACAAAUGGAACUUGUCAUGCUGUUUUGCAUUGGGAUGGAGAUUUGUAAUGCAUGACUACGAGUAGGAGUACCAUGAGUACGAUACUUUUGCACAGGAUACGAGCAGUCCAACGACGCCGUGGUGAAGAGAAACAGUAUAUGCAUUGCACAUGUGUCUGGGUCUGGAAGGUUGGAACUUGUGAUGCUAACUUUGGACUCUAAAAAAAUCUGUAAUGCAUGACCAGCAAGAGGAGUCCAGUUUGUGCUACGGAGGGGAGCAGGGCAUUUAUCAUGCGGAAUAGGCAUGAGGAAGGCCUCUAAAAAUCUGUGAUGCUGGAUCGUGCAUCACAGACAUCCUGAGUCAUGCAAAAUAGGCAUGACAUUCCAGACCCAGACACUUUUGCAUUCGAUACAGUAGGAUUGGCAGCAUUUUCGAACCGUCUGGGCUGUUGCAGCGAAACACCUCCAAAACGAGUAGUAAACAGUCGGGCUCGAGCGCAACGUCAACAAACUACGUUUACGAUUUGUGCGGGGUAAGCCAGCACUCUGGGACGAUGACGGGCGGCCACUACACGGCGUGCUGCAAGAUUUCGGACCACCAUUGGGCAAACAUCUCGGAUGCGAUGGUUUCACUUUGUCGCAACGAGUCAGACGCGGUCGACGUGAGCGCAUACUUGCUUUUUUAUGUCAGGAGGCUGUGAUAGAAGAGGAGUAAAUAGAUACUCUCUAUAGACCUAGACGUAGAAGAACCAUCCAUGAAGAUAUCAGGGUUCUAUAUUCUUUAGUUUUGUGUUUCUCUCUCUUGUACAAUGAAUUUGAAUUUUACUUGUGCUGCUGUAGUGGUUUUAAUAGAGAAAAAACCUGCACGGCUUUUUGAUGUUCAGCCAUUGUAAAAGCACAUGCACAAGAACAAAAACCUCGCGCUCUUUGUACAUAACAGUUGUUUCGUCAACAUAAUUUCCAGAAGUGCUAGUAGCAUUUUUCAAACUCAAACAUACGACUGCUAUUCUUUGGAAGCAGCAAGCAGCAGAACUACACCCCAGACUCAGAGGUGGGUGUGGGGCUUCGCAUUGAUUGUGGCGCACGGGGCUCUGAUGCUCGCGCUCUCAUGACAGCGUGCCUGCGAGUCCUCGCUGGACACGACGAGAGCGAGGGGGCUUUUUCUGAAUUGAAACUUCUGUUGCUGUGGAAAAAGAAUCGUGCAGCCGAAUCAGUAUCGUCCGACGUCUUUAGCCUUUCGGCAAAAGCGACGCACAGAAGUUCUGUGACGCCGCAGCUAGCAGCGUUGCAGCCACAUAAAUCAUGUGUUCUCGUUUCGGG